CUCUGAUCCACGCCGACUACUUUAAGAGAUGAGACAGUGUUGAAUCCUGUGACUGAACAGAUCGAGUGAACGCCUGUCGAGGGAGAAAGAGAGGCUCGGCCGCGAUGGUCCGCACCGCGGGACGGUCUGCUGGUCUUCGCAGCAUUCCGACGGGCCUUCUGCUGCUGCUGCUGCUGCCUCUGCUGCCGGCAACAUUACCGGUUGAGACCGCGUGCGGCUCAGGCGCCGUCGUCUUCAACUUCGGCGACUCCAACUCCGACACCGGGGGUCUCACCGCCGGCCUCGGCAUCCUCCUCCCCCAAGAAGAGGGCCGCGUCUUCUUCCGCCGCUCCUCCGGCCGCCUCUGCGACGGCCGCCUCGUCAUCGAUUUCCUCUGCGAGAGCUUGAACACCAGCUACCUGAGCCCGUACAUGGAGCCGCUGGGGGCGGAUUUCAGCAGCGGGGCCAACUUCGCCGUUGCCGGCUCUUGCACUCGCCCACCGGACGUUCCCUUCGCCUUGGCCGUCCAAGUGCGGCAGUUCCUCCGCUUCAAGUUGCGAUCUUUGGAGCUCGUUGCUCAAGGUGCCGAGGACCUGAUUGAUGCAGAGGGAUUCAGCAACGCGAUAUAUGCCAUUGACAUCGGGCAGAAUGAUUUAGCAGCAGCCUUUUCUGCAAAUUUAAGCUAUGUUCAGGUCAUCGAAAGAGUCCCAUCGGUCAUCCAUGAGAUCAAGAAAGCUAUUGAGAAUUUGUAUGACAAUGGAGGGAAAAAGUUUUGGGUACACAACACUGGCCCCUUGGGAUGUUUGCCUCAAAAGCUUGCCCUGCCGCGAAAACACAACAGCAGUCUCGAUCCAUAUGGAUGUCUGAUUCCCUUCAACAAUGCUGCCAAGGAAUUCAAUGCCCAACUGAGUGCUCUUUGUGAUAACUUGAACUCAGAGUUGAAGAAUGCCACCAUUGUUUACACUGAUAUCUACUCUAUUAAGUACGAUCUCAUCGCCAAUCACACUGCAUACGGCUUUGAGACUGCACUGAUGGCAUGUUGUGGAUAUGGUGGACCUCCAUACAACUUCAAUCAAAGGAUUGAGUGUGGUGCUUUUGGCUCCCAAGUGUGCCCUCUCGGCUCAAAGUACAUCAGUUGGGAUGGGGUUCAUUACACUGAGGCUGCCAAUGCUAUAGUGGCUUCCAAGAUACUGACAACAAAGUAUUCAAAACCCAAUCUUGCCUUUGAUUACUUCUGCACUGCUUAAUUUUUAUGCUUCGGAUUCACUCAUUUAGCUCGAGUCGAUUUACAUCGCGAUAACUGUAAUUUAAUUUCCUUCCUAGCAUACAUGAAAAAAAAGAUGUGAAAGAAGAAGAAAAGGAGGUAGAAUCUGUCAGCAAGUUUUGCCUACAUCCUAUUGAAUCUCUUUGGUGAAUUUGUAUGUGGAUCUCUUUAAAUGGAUGGGAUUUUUGUACUGUUACUCAUUAUAUCUCAUCAAAGAAAAACAAUUUUGAUUA